AUGGGCCUUUUUGAUUUGUCCGACUUCUUGAAGGUUGAUGAUGAAAACAAGUGCCACCAGCGUUGCUUGAAUAACUGUUCCUGCUUAGGUUAUGCAUAUGGAAAGCUUCCUGGAGGAGAAGAAAUAGCUGUUAAGAGGCUGUCAAGAAUCUCUGGCCAAGGCUUAGAGGAGUUCAAGAAUGAAAUCAUACUGAUUGCAAAAUUACAACACAGAAAUCUUGUUAGAUUACUAGGCUGCUGUAUUCAGGGAGAAGAGAAGAUGCUGCUUUAUGAAUAUAUGCCCAACAAAAGCUUGGACUUCUUUCUUUUUGCAGACCCUGCAAAGCAGGCAUUAUUAGACUGGAGGAAGAGGUUCAAUAUUAUUGAGGGGAUUGCUAGAGGUCUUCUUUAUCUCCAUCGAGAUUCAAGACUCAGAAUCAUUCAUAGGGACCUAAAGGCGAGCAACAUUUUGUUGGAUGAGGAAAUGAAUCCAAAGAUUUCAGACUUUGGUAUGGCCAGAAUAUUUGGGGGAAACCAAAAUGAAUUGAACACAAACCGAGUUGUUGGCACAUAUGGUUAUAUGUCACCUGAAUAUGCAAUGGAAGGCCUAUUUUCUGUCAAGUCAGAUGUCUAUAGCUUUGGAGUGUUACUAUUAGAGAUUGUGAGUGGCCGGAGGAACACCAGCUUUCGUUUAACUGAUCAUGUCAGCCUCGUUGCCUAUGCAUGGGAAGUUUGGCACGGAGAUAAAGCAAUGGAGGCAGUUGAUCCAUCAAUUCGAGAUUCGUGUUGCGAGAAUGAAGUAUUAAAAUGCAUACAAGUAGGGAUGUUGUGUGUGCAAGAUUCUGCAGUUCAAAGACCAACCAUGUCAUCUGUGGUGUUAAUGCUUGAAAGCAAUAAUCCAACUCUGCCAUUGCCUAGGCAACCUACUUAUGCUUCAAUGAGAACCUCCAUGGACACACUUGAAAUCGAUCUUGAAGGCCAGGAAAUUCAAGAAAUUCCAGAACUAGAGUGACAUGGGGUUGAGUUGAAGCAUUGUCAUUACAGGCCUAGAGAAUGAGAAUUGCAAUUUCUGGAAGCAGAAUCUGUGAAACAAAGAAAAGAAUUUAAUAUAAGAAGUCAAUUUUUGUUGAUCAGCUCAGGACAAAAUGUACCCAUCUCCAUCUGUAACAUAAAUUGCAUAUGUCUUUGUCUUUGUCCGCCUGAUGAAUAUCAAUGGUGUGUUUUGGCCUCU